ACUUCGUUGGCGAAACCAAAGUCUGAAAUGACUCCAGAAGAGUUAUCAAAACGCGAAGAAGAAGAAUUUAACACAGGACCACUUUCAGUACUUACCCAGUCUGUUAAAAAUAAUACCCAAGUAUUAAUUAACUGUAGAAAUAAUAAAAAACUACUUGGUAGAGUAAAAGCUUUUGACAGACAUUGUAAUAUGGUUUUGGAGAAUGUCAAAGAAAUGUGGACCGAGUUACCUCGCACUGGUAAAGGCAAAAAGAAAGCAAAGCCCGUCAACAAAGACCGUUUUAUAUCAAAAAUGUUUCUACGUGGUGACUCUGUAAUUUUAGUACUGAGAAAUCCACUUGCAACCGCCUCAGGGAAAUAA